CUCGUUCACAAUAUAGGCCACUUUGCGGGCACACACCACUACAGCCAUGGAUAUUACCGAGUUCAUCUUUGCUCGGAGAGAGGAAGUUCUUGUCGCUGGAGACUAUAACGCUUAUCGCGCACACACAACCCGCAAAUUGCACAAUAUCCGCAAGAAGCUCGGGCAGACUACUCCCAAGGGCAGGAAGUAUACCUCUAAGCCUCCAAUCAGUGCCCAAGCUGUCGGCGAAAAUGCGGCAAACGUCCACGUCCUACUCCUCAGUGCGGAACGGGCGUGGGCCCAAGCGAUGCAUAUGAAAUCAACACAUUCGGCAGAUCCGUCGGCGAAGGGGAUUACAGGUGCCGCUCGGCGUCAUAUAAUCUCGCGGCUAAGCAAAGCAGCUGGAUAUGCUAACCAGCUGGUGGGUCUACUUGAAGAUAAAAGCGGCUCUGGGGCUACCGACGUGGAUGUACUUGAAGCGCGGGCUUAUCUCAGUUCGCUCAUGGGGGCUAUAUAUCUGGAGAAGCGUAACUGGGAGCAGUGCCUUCGAAACUAUUCCGUUUCGCGGGUCAUCUACACCGCGCUAGGUCAGGCAGCGAAGAGGGAUGCAUUCCGUGAUCUUAUGUCCGGCAAUAUCGACCCAAGUCUACGAUACGCAGCAUAUCAGAUGAAGCUUCCCCGAUCAAAGCCCAUACCCUCAUUGGCCAUUGAGUACUUUCCAGCCGAUUCUAGCAUCAGGGCUGAAGUUGAGAAAGCCAAUCCCGAUUGCCUGAAAGAAGAUGCCGCUGGCACGCGAAAAACCGCGGACGGACAAGUCCAGCAACUGCCGGAGACUAUUACUUGGAGGUCACGCACUGUCACAAUAGAGGAUGCCAUGAUAUCCCAAGCGCUCGCAGCGGCGUCGGCUGAGGAAUCUCGACUUGCCGCUUGGUUGAACGCUCCUGAGGGAAACUCCGCGUCUGCAAAAGACAAGGCAGCAGCUUACGAUAGUGUGAUUAUUGCUAGCCAAGACGCUGUCGAUGCCACUAAGACGGCCAUCGACGACCUAGCGAGCGAAGGGGUGGACCCAAGCGAUAAGAGAAUGCAGAGCUUACAGAUAACACGAACCGCCGUGAAUUAUGCCUUGGUCGGCUGGAGAGUUGGACGCAACCGCGUUUUAUGCGGCGAGAAUGACGGGAUUACCUUCGAACCGAGCCGGAGACAGUCUCCAAAGAACAAGAAAGCAACGUCAGAGCACGAUGAACCCAGCGGGAAGAAGUUGACUCGGCUGCGUGAGAGAGUGGUCUUAUACGAUUCCACACUCCAAAGCAUUGAGUUCAUACUUGAGCUACCCGGUGUGGCGGCAGAUUCAGACUUUGUCCAAGAGCUCGAAGCAAAGCGCACUUACUUCCGUGCUUUGCGAUCUUUAACCAUUGGCCGCUCCCACGCCCUGCUUGGGAAAUCUCAGAACGCUCUUGCCCUGUUCUCUCAAGCGCUCUCCCUCGCAUCCAAAGCAGCCGCAUCAAUCCAAUCUACGGCCAACACUGGCAUGGACAUCGACGGCCCCCCGCGCUUAAGCAUCUUCCCAGCACAAGCCAGCUCCCUCGAACAUGAACUUCGCGCCCUCGUCACAAAGUAUCAAGGCCUCGUGACACUUGAAAGCAUAUCCGCGCAGGAACAAUCUUCGAACAAGUCAACCCCCCAGCGCCCGCUCGUCGAGCGCCUCCACGAGUACGCUGGCGACAGCCUUGACCUGAAUAACCUCGUCCCGUACCCACCUGAAAUCCGCCCUAUCCCUGUCAAACCGCUAUUCUUAGAUGUGGCGUGGAAUUACAUAGAUUACCCGCGUGAGGGUAAGGCUGCUGUUUCGUCGGCUCAAGCGCAAGCAAAGGUGGAGUCAGUUGCCCAGGAGAACAAGGGUGGGAAACGUGGUUGGUUUGGGUUCGGAAGGUGA